ACUUGGUUUCAAUUUCGACCACAUUCAAACGUCGCUCUGACGUUUACGGAAGACAGGUUAUAAAGAAACACCAGGAGUCAGUCCGACAGGCAGCAGCUUGCAGGCAGAACGAGAGUUUUAAGAAUCAGAAGAACGCUCAUUCACCGGCGAAUUUAUAACUUAAAACGUUGGCAACUAGCGCAGACGUAGUACUGUUACACGGAGAUGGCAAACAGCAAUGCUAAUGGGAGUACCAACAGUAAUGUGAAUGGGAGUGCCAAAGCUGGGCUGCCAGGGGAUAUGGAUGGAAUGGAGGACAGUGUGGAGUUCAGGUUGAUGAUGGUGUACGCCCAGAGGAGGAGACCUAGGGAGGUGUUGUGCCCGCUACCUCAAGGCACAGACACCCAGCCGGGUGGCACACAGACACUAGAGGUCCAUGCAGACACAUUUAAGAAGAAGAAGAAGAAGAAGAAGGGGAUGAGAAUGAGGCUGCAGAGCUUGUUGAGCUGUAUCCGACCCCACAGAGACAGUACAGCUGUAGCAUCAGGACCACCAAGAACACCAUCACCACCACCAACGGGCACCCAGAUAUCCUUCAGAUCCUUUGGCAACUGUGAGUUUGUAUCAGGGGAAGUGAGAGAUGAGCUGGAGAAGGUAGCUGACCGGUUGACUCAGAUUGCUGACGGAGUGAGCUUCAGUUCUGGGGACCUGGAGACUGACGGAGAGGAAGAUGCUAUAGAGAGGCUGGUGGGGCUUCUGCUGAGAGGAGCGGGAGACAAACUUAAUGAGGAGGUACUGAAGGACGCCUCUCUGUCCUCAGAGUUCUUUGGCUACAGCUUGUAUGAGAGGACCAUCUCCACCUUCCUCAGCAGACUUGGCCUGACCUCGGACCCCAGCACUCAGGGGUCACCCAAGGCCCAAAUCGCCCUGACUUGUGAGGUGACCAGUCGCCUGUCAGCGGUGGACAGCCUCCCUAUGAGCCGGGUGCUGGGAUUUGGAGCCAAAUACCUGCAGGAUCACUUCUCUUCCUGGGCCAUACAGCAGGGUGGAUAUGAGGAAGCGUUUGUGAAUGAUGAUGAGGAAGUCGACUGAGUCAGAGGGAUUUUCCCCAUCCUAUACACCCAUUGGUUCUUCCUGAUUAUCCACCCUUUUCCCAAAGUAUGCUCUUGCGCACUUUCUUCCAUGGAUCAGCAUUUCAUUGGUGUAGUUAUUGGCUAAAGUGAGUUUCCAUCUUUGUUAAAUACAUGAUGGGAAAGGGUGGAGAAUUGGGAUGUAGCCCCUCUCUAACCCCAACCCCUAGAGAAGUUUCAACUCAGGUUAAUAUAUUGCAUGCCCAAUUAACAUUGAUUUUGCACACAGAAAUAUAGACCGUCAUCCAGAGUCAUAGUACAUAAGAAACUUCAUCUCAACCCCUAUUCCUUUUUUUGAAUUAUACAUUGAUAUGAAAUAAGAAUGUAUAUGAAAGUACAGUAUUCAGGUGUUUUUGUUAACAUUUUAAUUUGGACUAUAGGAAUGUAAAAAAAAAAAAAUAGAAACAUCUGAAUGAAAUGUAUAUUUACUUGAUUAUUUUACUUCAUAUUUAGUUAUUUACUUUAUUUUUUAUUGUAAGAAUAAUAAUGAUGACUGUCGACUAUUGAUGUAUCCUAUACUGUCUGAUCCAAAUAAUGUUUACAUAAAUCAACAUUGCCAAAGUUGUCAACAUACCAGACCUCCAGGACUUAUGUCCUCAGUUGAUCCAGAGAUUGAACCACUAUAUGGUUAAACCAUGACUGGACCAAAGACUGGGGCAGCUACUGUAGCCUACAUAUACUGUAUGGAAGUGUGUCUAUUCUUACUGCUAUAUGGUCACUCUGUCAUUCUGUGUGCUGAGUCUAUGCAUUGGAAUGUCUGACUUGUUUAAGAAUAAUUAAACAAAUUCCAUGUUAUGAUUAUAGUGUUCAAUGUUAACACUGAUUUAGACAGCUUUGACUGUUUGAUUUGUUUCAAUAUUGAAUAAAAAUAGGUCUGCUGAAUACUCCUGA